UCGCAUCCUCCUGGCCGAAUGUUUAAAAACCAAGACCAGAGGCAAAAACACUCUUCGAACAAACCCAGAAACACUUUUGUCUGUUGCGGUGUUUUAUCUCUCAAAGUUAGCUGCUGCUUAUUUUCUUUUUGGGCAAAUGCAAGCGUUAAACCCAUUACAACCUGGUUUUACCAAACUCUUCAACCGUCAAUUGCUUAAACCCUUAAACCUCCGUGCAUUCUCAUCAUCAUCAGAUGAUUACUCCAACCAGUCACGUGGUGGCCUCCCUCGCUUCUUCUCUGAAGAACUCCCUGCUUCUAAGGGUGGCGUUGUUCGUGUACAAGGCGAUGAAUUCAGGCAUAUGACUAAAGUUUUGAGGUUGGGCACGAAUGAUAGGGUAGAGCUCUUCAAUGGGAAAGGAGGUUUAAUAGAAGGGUGCAUAGAGAGAAUUGACCGUACUGGACUUGAUUUUGUUGCACUGGAAGAUCCAAAAUUAGUUCCUCCUCUGAGCACAAAGUGGCAUGUAUAUGCAGCAUUUGGUACUCUAAAGGGUGAUCGAGCUGACUGGCUUCUUGAGAAAUGCACGGAACUUGGAGCUCAUAGUGUGACCCCUCUACUGACUGAACGUUCUCCAUCAAUCUCAGAAAAUCGAGUGGACAGGUUUCGACGUGUCAUUUUGGCAGCAACUAAACAGAGUCAGCGGUUGCAUGAAAUGAUUCUAAAUCCUCCAACUAAAAUUGUUGGCCUUUUGCCCCUACUUGCCCAGUCAAAGCUAUCUUUUCUGGCAACAGCAGGAGCUACUCCUGUUGUUAGUGUAUUGACUUCAUCAAGAAAAGAAUCUAGUGGAUUGAUGAUAGUGGGACCAGAAGGGGACUUUACGGAGAAAGAAGUGAACAUGAUGAUGAAAGCUGGCGCAUCAGCUGUUGGUCUUGGACCCCAUCGCCUCCGUGUUGAAACUGCAACAAUGGCACUUUUGGCUACUCUAAUGCUAUGGUCUGACUCCCAGUAGUAUUGAGUUCUUCAUCACAUUUGCAACAGCGAACAUUUAAGAAAAAGAUCAAUAGCAUGAUGCUCGGAGCUUGGUGGGGUGGGGUGGGAGGUUGUGGCAGCUGUACUAGAAGAGAGGUCUUUGCUUUUCUACGCAUCAACAUUUAUUUAAUAUGCUCUCUUACUAAAACUGGUGGGAAAAAAAUUGAGUGGGCAUAUUGACAUUGAGAUCUCCCAAGUCUGGCGGUGCUUUAUUCUAUGUCCGACCAAUAUGGUCGGCUGCUGCUAUGAUUUACAGGAUAAAGCAUUUAUAUGUUGCACAUGCUCUCCGAAGUCUACUAUUAAAGCUAAUCCAUCGUUAUUUUUUUCUUACGAAAAAUUA